CGGAAGACCCGGCAGUCGGCUUCUGUUACGUCCGCUCUUUCCGCCUUCCCGGCAGGCCCCGCGCGGCGCUUGCGUGCUCUGUGACCUUUCCCGGUGUGUUGUUGUAUACUGUGGCCUGUGGCCUUGGUCCGCGGAGAUGCUUCAAAGCCUUAUUAAGAAUGUCUGGGUCCCAAUGAAGCCCUACUAUACCCAGGUUUACCAGGAAAUUUGGGUAGGAAUGGGGCUAAUGACCCUCAUCCUUUAUAAAAUCAGGAGUGCUGAUAAAAGAAGUAAAGCUUUGAAAGGCUCCAUCAGAACCUCAGCCACCUUCUGUGGGGGCCUGGAGGAGGAGGAGCAGGCCGUGCUGCUGUAA